GAUGGCGAGAGGACUCACUGCACCCACCCCUCCAAGCAGAGCAUCGGCGACGCAGCUCAGCUAGCUAGCAGAGUGCAGCGGCUGUUGCAGUGCAGUGAGCUGAGAUAGGUAGCAGUAGUAGCAUAGCUUUGUUGUAGCUACCAUGGCCAGCUACGCGGCGCAGCUCAAGGACAUGUUCUUCGGCCUCGUCGAGCGCGUCACCGGCUAUGGCCGCGGCGAAGACAACAAGGACGGUGCUGCAGGUGUAGAGGAGCCCAGCAAGUCGGCAUCUGAAGAGGUCUUGCGCAGUGAAGAGGUUGUGACUGCGCAGCACAAUGUGAUCAGAUCAAGAGGAGGAGAUCCGCAAGUGUCAGGAGGGGCAAAGCCAGGGAUCAAUGCCGUUGGCAUCUAGAGGAGAUGAACUGCCCAGAACUCUAUGUGUGUGUGAUCCCUCUGGUGUUCUCGAGUAGUUUAUAGGAUUGUGGCUUUGUGUGUGCGCUAGGUACCACUACUACUGUACUGUUUGCUUGUAUCUUAACUUUGCUGAGCUCCUCUGUUCCUGUGUGCUUAGCUUCUCUGGUGUACUUGAAUGGUUCAUGAUUACCAUAUGUAAUUUAAUGAACCUUUUUUCUUUC